AUGACUUCUCUAUUCUCUUCAGUUCUCUUUUCUCUUUGCUUACUCUCUUCACUCUUUCUCUCAAAUGCAAACGCCCAUGCAAAACUCGGCUUCACCGCGGAUCUCAUCCACCGCGAUUCGCCUAAGUCGCCUUUCUACAACCCAAUGGAAACCUCGUUCCAGCGUACAAGAAACGCUAUCCACCGAUCAUCAAACCGCGUUUUCCAUUUCUCGGGCAAAGAUGAUGCAUCAACCGACCCACCCCAAUCUGAGAUCACCUCCAAUGGCGGUGAAUAUCUCAUGAACGUAUCCCUAGGAACACCUCCGUUCCCAAUCAUGGCGAUUGCUGACACAGGAAGCGAUCUCCUCUGGACGCAGUGCAAGCCUUGCGAGGACUGUUACGCUCAGGUCGAUCCUCUCUUUGACCCUAAAGCAUCUUCUACAUACAAAGAUGUUUCUUGCUCCUCAAGUCAAUGUACCGCCCUUGAGAAUCAAGCCUCUUGUUCUACAAACGACAACACUUGCACUUACUCUAUGUCUUAUGGGGAUCAAUCAUUCACAAAGGGUAAUGUUGCUGCCGACACCUUGACGCUCGGCUCGACCAAUAACCGCCCCGUGCAACUCAAGAACAUUGUCAUCGGAUGUGGUCACAACGACGCCGGAACGUUUAACAAAAAGGGCUCUGGUAUCGUCGGACUAGGUGGCGGUUCGAUCUCGCUCGUUUCGCAACUCGGCGACUCAAUCGACGGUAAAUUUUCGUACUGCUUGGUGCCCCUAGCUUCCAAAACCGAUCUAACGAGCAAGAUCAACUUCGGAACCAACGCCGUUGUGUCGGGAACAGGAGUUGUCUCUACUCCUUUGAUCACAAAAUCACAGGCGACCUUCUAUUACCUAACCCUAGAAUCCAUUAGCGUGGGAAGCAAGAAUGUCAAAUUCCCAAGCACAGAUUCCGGAAGCAGCGAGGGAAAUAUCAUCAUCGACUCGGGCACAACUUUGACGAUCUUACCAACCGCAUUUUACUCCGAGCUUGAGGCUGUGGUGGCGUCCUCAAUCGGUGCUGAGAGGAAAGAUGAUCCACAGAACGGUUUGGGUCUGUGUUACAGCGCAACCACGGAUCUGAAAGUUCCAGUGAUUACGAUGCAUUUCGAUGGAGCAGAUGUGAAGCUAGACUCUUCCAACUCCUUUGUCCAAAUCUCAGAAGAUUUGGUUUGCUUUUCCUUCCGUGGGAGCGAGGACUUGGCCAUUUAUGGGAACUUGGCACAAAUGAACUUUCUUGUUGGAUACGACACCGUUUCUAAAAAGGUGUCGUUUAAACCAGCGGAUUGUUCAAAGAUGUAG